AUGGCUGGCCACGUGGGGCAGGAACUGGGGCGCCCGUACCCCUUGGCGGGGCAGGCCCUGCACCUGGAUGCCGUCCCGCCGGGCCCAGCCAACGCGCCCCACGAGGGGCCCGGCAGCUUCCUGCCUGAGGCCUACAAUGGGGUGGCCCCCGGGCAGGGCUACGGCUACCGGCUGGACUACGGGCCGCAGGGGGGGCUUCUGGAGACGCAACCGGGGGACCCCGCCGGGCACCAGGCCCUACUUCGCGCCUGGUGCCCCUUCCCCAUGGGUGGGGAGGGCUGGGCGCCCCCCUACGGCCCUGCCCAGCCCCCUGCGGCCUACGAAGGCCUGAAGCCUGACGUCAAGCCGGAGAGGGAGUGCGGCCAACAGGGCCCCAUCUACGGGCACCCGGCCCAGGCCUGGGGGGGCUGCUUCCUGCCCCAAGCCGCUGCCCGCCCCCUGGCCGCCCUGCCCCCACCGCCCCCUGGCCCUGUGGGCGAGGGGGGCGAGGGCAGCGGGGCCAGCAGCCCCCGGAGCGAUGGCAGCGGGGGCAGCCCCAGGGCGCCGGCAGCCCCCGGCGAGGGUCAAGGCGGACGAGGCCGAGAGCUGGGGACGAGGUACGGACGGGCUCUGGGGCUGGGCGAGAUCCCGGGGGCGGAUCUCCCGAGAUCCCAGCAGAUCCCCAUAGCUACGACCAGGUCCCUCGGGAUCUCGGCUGGAUCCACCCUGUGGUGCGAGAGAGAGCCCGGCAGAUCCCGCCACAUCUCAGCUGGGCAGAGUUUGGGACAGGAAGAGACCCCCAGCACGGAGGAGAUGGAGCAGUUUGCCAAGGAGCUGAAGCACAAGCGGAUCACGCUGGGGUUCACGCAGGCCGACGUGGGGCUGGCCCUGGGUGUGCUCUACGGGAAGAUGUUCAGCCAGACGACCAUCUGCCGCUUCGAGGCCCUGCAGCUGAGCUUCAAGAACAUGUGCAAGCUGAAACCACUCCUGCAGCGCUGGCUGGACGAGGCCGACGGCAACGCCAACCUGCAGGAGAUGUGCAGCAUGGAGAGCGCCCUGCUCCAGGCCCGCAAGCGGAAGCGAACCAGCAUCGAGACCGCGGCGCGGGGCUCCCUGGAGAGCUACUUCCUGCGCUGCCCCAAGCCCAGCCUGCAGGAGAUCACCCACAUCGCCCACGACCUGCACCUCGACAAGGACGUCGUCCGCGUCUGGUUCUGCAACCGCCGGCAGAAGGGGAAGCGCAGCGGGGGCUGCUCCAUGCGCGACGACUGCGAGGGGGGGGCCCUGCCCUUCACUCCCCCCGGCCAGCUGCCGGGACCCCCCAUGGGGCACCACCCCCCGCCCCCCCAGGGCUACAACGCCGCCGCCUUCGCCACCCUCUACGUGCCCCAGUUCCACCACGGGGGGGAGCCCUUCGACCCCACUCCCCCUGGGCCCCCCCUCAUGGGCCACCCCAUGCACUCCACCUGA